GCUCUUCUUCUAACUGUUUCUAUAAUUCAUGAAUUAGGAUUAUCUUUUGAUCGUCGAAAGAGAGAUCAUGGUAGUAGAAUUGGUUGUUCAGAUACUUGUGCUACUCGGGGCAUUUAAUAUGCAAACUGUGGCAGCAGGACCAGCCCUGGCGAAAGCCAACUGCCAGGAAACAUGUGGAGGAGUGCAGGUUCCUUUUCCAUUUGGGAUAGGAGGUGGCAGGUGUUUCCUGAACGAUUGGUACGAGAUUUUCUGCCUAAAAAACGGCACUGUCCCUAUGCUGAAGAUGAUCAACUUGGAGGUUCUGAAGAUUUCUCUACCACAUUAUAAAGAUUACAGAUAUAGUCGUGGCACCAUUGAAGUUAGGCUUCCAAUUGUCUAUUCGAACCAGAUUUGUGCCCAUGAGAAUGGAACAACUAGGAUACACCCGAGUUUGGAAGGAAGCCCAUUUGCCUAUUCCACAGAUGAUAACGUCUCCGCAGCAAUUGGUUGCAGCCACCUCGCAGUGAUCAAUAACACUGAUUCGAUCCUCAUGGGAUGCAAAUCCAGAUGCAGGGGAGGGAACUUCAGUAGAUACAGCGAUUGUUCAGGUCACGAGGGUUGCUGCAAGAUGAGAAUCUCCUCCCCAGAGCUUCAGCAAUUCAGCGUCGCCUUCGUGAAAGAAGAUGGAUCAAUAGCCAGGCACAAGGACUGCAACUACGAUUUCCUAGCCAAGAAGUCUUGGUUCCGGCCCAAGUUUACUGAUCUACAUGAGCUGAUAACGGAAGGUUAUGUUCGGGGUGUGCUGGACUGGGGGAUUCCUGGCGAUUCAGAUCUUGCAGUUCAGCUAAAUCGAACCAGUCAAGUUUAUACUCAACGGGAUGCAAACACAUCCUGCUUGAAGGGAUACUCCGAUGAGCUCGCUCUUAGACGGCAGAGUUUCUAUUGCCGUCAUGGGUAUGCGGGUAAUCCCUAUCUGAUGUCAAUGAAUGUGCAGAAUGGGAUCUCAAUUAUUGCCCAGACUUGUGCAUAA